AUGGCCUCUGCAGCAGACAUCAAGCCAUGGCUACGGCCGCAGCCCCGACCUUAUCUCAUCUCGAAUGCCAACAUUGUCGAUGUCGUGGCAGGCGACAUCAAGGAAAAUCAGUUUAUUUUCAUUCAAGAUAGCAAGAUUACGUCGAUUUCUUCAUCGAUUCCCGACGAUCUGCCAGAGGACUAUGUCGCUGUUGACUGCGAGGGUAAAUACGUGAGCCCCGGGCUCUUCGACGCCCACGUCCAUUUUGUCGCUGUUCCAGGUUUCGAUAAUCUAUCGAUGGCGUUUGGAAACUUCAAUGAUGUAUCUUUGCUUCGACAACCGUACGUUGCGACUCAGAUGCUGCAUCGCGGAUUUACCAACGUUCGUGACUGCGGCGGCGCCCAGCUUGCCCUCAAACAGGCCAUAGAAGAUGGAAUCUUCCCUGGUCCGCGACUAUUUAUUGCGGGACACGCUCUAUCUCAAUCAGGAGGACAUGGCGACAUUCGCAGCUCGCAUGAUCAUGUCCAGUGCUGCUCGGGUCACACAAACGGACUCGGUCGCAUUUGCGACGGCGUCCCCGCAUGCAUGACGGCUGUCCGCGAGGAGAUUCGCUCCGGUGCUGAUUUCAUCAAAAUUAUGGGCUCCGGCGGUGUAUCGACGCCCACAGACCAUCUCGAACAGCUGCAGUUUACCAAGGCUGAAAUCCAGGCCAUCGUCGAAUGUGCAAGCAACGCGGGAACCUAUGUGACCGCACACGCAUACACCCCCAAAGCCAUUAUGCAUGCCAUUGACAAUGGUGUAAAGGGCAUCGAGCACGGCAAUUUCGUCACAGAAGAAGUCGCCAAACUGAUGGCUGAAAAGGGAAUCUACUUGACUCCAACGCUCAUUUCAUACGCCGAGAUGGAUUCGGAACGCUGGCGAGGCUACCUCCCUGCAAGCGGGCAGGCAAAGAACACCGAAGUUCUCAAAGCUGGUCUGCAUAGCUUGAAGAUUGCAUACGACGCGGGCGUCACGAUCUGCUAUGGAAGCGACCUUCUCGGUCCCCUUGGCAUAGCACAGACACAUGAAUUUGCGCUGAGAGCGCAGGUCCUGCCUCCGCUGGCUAUCCUGCAAAGCGCAACCAUCAACCCAGCCAAGAUGAUGGGUCAAGAGCACUCAAUUGGUCAAGUCAAGGAAGGAUUCUGGGCCGACUUGCUUUUUCUCAAUAGCAAUCCUUUGGACGAUGUAACUAUCUUUGACCGACCACAGCAGUGUGUCCUCGGGGUGAUGAAGGAGGGUCGAGUGUAUAAGAGCCGAUGGGAAGGACUGAAAGAAGACGGAGAAAUCCCGAUAAGAGUAGUACCAUCCAAAUGA